AUGACCAACCUUUCUGGUUUUCUUGAACUCCUGAAAGGACCACUCAAAAUCCUUUCCCGAAAUGGAAAGCUCAUGGCUUUCACAGCCAUCCUCUACCUUAUCUUCUACUCCAUCUCCUUCCUCUUAUACACUUACUCUUCCAAUCCAUUCAUCACCGAUUUCGUCAUCAAACUCUUUAACUUAGCCUCCGAACGCCCCGGUACACCUGAAUACACCAAACUCUUGGCUGAUAUCCGUGAAGAUAUCGGCAUCUUUCUGGGAAUUGAAGUUGCUUAUAUCAUUCUACUCUUCUUCGUAAUCGUUUUGGCCCAAACCGCCAUAGUUAUUAUUGCAUCAAGCUACUACAGUGGCGAUAAUUUGUCGAUCAAGGAACUACUUAGGAAGGUGUCGAUAACAUGGACUCGACCAUUCGUCACUUUGUUCUAUGUACAACUUCUUGCCCUUGGUUACAUGAGUUUGUUCUUUUGGCCUUUGUUUGUUCCAUCGCUUGUUCUUUUUGACCAUCCUAUCAUCCUGAUCAUCCUCCUGGUCAUCCUUGGCAUUCUCAUAUUCACAUUCUAUCUUUACCUAUCUGUUGUUUGGGCUUUAGCAGUGGUUGUUUCUGUGGUUGAGGAUAGUUAUGGGCUUUCAGCACUUGGGAAAGCUCGAGAGCUUGUGAAGGGCAAUCGAGGAGAUGGGUUUCUUCUGAAUUUGUUUCUGGUUCUUGUGUCGCUGGUUUUUGUCCCGUUUCAAAUGAAACUGUCGUCUUCAAUGCCGAUUGUUUUUGUGGUGAGCCAAUCUGUUUUCACUUGCGUAGUGAGCAUCUUUCAGGUCAUGGCAUACAGUGUCUUCUAUUUCCAGUGUAAGAAUCACAUGAAGAAAUCAGAGGGUUUUGAAUACCAUCAGAUACCGAUUGCAGCUGUUCUGGAUGAAAAUAUACCGUAA